GUUCGAGACUCUUCCGCUCACCCACGUUCAACAUCAAUACGCUGCUGGAGUUCAACACUCCACGCCCCUCCCAUUGUCUCACGGUGUUCACGUUCUUGUAUUUCAUCUGAAUUGGCGUAUGUGGUAUGCCUAGAAGAGAAACUCUGUAGCGGCUCACACGGGACGACCCCCACAGUCCACACCAUACCAGCAGCGGGAUAGCUCACGGCAGAGGCCUGCACACACGCACACGUGUUGACUGCGGCUGCAAGAAUUUCCAAAAAUCCGUCUUCAAUUUCACGCAACACCAACUGCAGUCUGUCGUUCGGGUUUCUGCAAUAUGGCGGAUGUCGACAGCAGUACAGAAGCCGAUGGAAGCCGGCUACGAGAGCGCUCAUCAGCUAGACAAGAUCCCUCUCACAAUUCGGACAAUGCUAAGCAAAAGGUGUUGGAGCUGAACAACCAGGAAGAUACAAGCCAAAAUGAAGGCAAGGAGAAGCGCACAUACGGCAGGACGCCAGAUGGUACAGUGUUUGUCGUGCCACACACCCACGACAUGGUUUCGCAGCUUCUCUCGCCCUCGCAACCCAAGAACUUGUCCGAUGCCGCGGUGCUCGCAGUGCUCGCAGGCUUGAUCUUCACCCUCUACGUACUGCCCAAAAGCGCCCGCGUUCCUGUAUUCGCAUGCAUCUUCCUGUUCUGGCGCGCUGCCUACAACGCAGGUAUCGGCUGGAUGCUCGAUGCCCAGUCUAAACACAAUAGCCUUGUUCUCUGGGCGCGACACUCGCGCAUCUUCGAGAAGCCUGAGAUGGGCAAGAACCCACACCCGACCCUGUACAACCUCCUCAAGCGAGAAAUGGAGACCAAAAUUCCCAAGGACUACAAGUUUGAGGAUGCUCCGGUAGAGUAUAACACCUGGCUUGUCUUCAGACGCGCUGUAGACCUCAUCCUCAUGUGUGACUUUGUCUCGUACUGCCUUUUCGCCAUUGCCUGCUUCAACCGCCCACAGGAAAGCUGGCUGGUGAUGGUGUUACGAUGGACGACGGGCAUAAUACUUUUUCUCUUCAAUCUGUGGGUUAAGCUAGACGCUCACAGGGUAGUGAAAGAUUAUGCCUGGUAUUGGGGAGACUUCUUCUACCUCAUUGAUCAAAAUCUAACAUUUGACGGCGUUUUUGAGAUGGCUCCUCAUCCCAUGUACUCGGUAGGAUAUGCCGGUUACUAUGGCAUUGCCCUGAUGAUGGCAAGCUACAAAGUCCUGUUUAUCUCUAUCAUCGCUCACGCAGCACAAUUUGCCUUUCUGAUCCUCGUCGAGAACCCUCACAUUGACUCAAUCUACAAUGUGCCCCCACCACGCCGAACGCGCCACAACUCUGGUAACCUGGAUGAACAAGAACGUCCGAGACAAGAUCAUUCUCAGUCCGAAGUUGAUUUUGCAUCCCGUGGAUCGUCAUUCGAUGCGGUCCGUCAGCCUGCCCCUAUGCAUCACAUCGUCGGCGCCAAGAACACGGAUUUCCAUCGCUUGAUCGACAUCAGCACUGUGCUUCUCUCCUUCUACAUGUUGUGUUUGGCAACUUUGACCCCAAACACGCAUCUGGUACGUACUUUGAUUUUCAUCAACGCGUUCGUAUGGCGACUAUGGUAUGCAUUGGGUCUGGGCUACAUAUUAGACCGACAAUCUAAGACCAAGAACUGGACUCGACAUUUCAUCAAGUACGGUGAGAGCAAAGAAGAAGCUUGGCGUCAAUGGAAGUAUCUGUACCAUCUAAGUACGAUCAUGUGUCACGCAAGCUUCGCAGCGGCCGCUUGGAAGAUGUACACUCUACCAGCUGAUUGGUUUUACGGGCUUACGCUUCUGAGACAUGUGCUCGGUGUUAGCAUGAUCGCGUUGCAGCUUUGGACUGCUAUAAGUAGUUAUGAGUCUCUUGGCGAGUUUGGUUGGUUUUGCGGUGACUUCUUCUACGAUCCUCCGUCACGGAGCCUGUCAUACUCUGGUAUCUACCGCUUUCUCAACAACCCAGAGCGCGUUCUUGGAUUGGCUGGCAUUUAUGGUGUAGCUCUCAUCACUUGGAGCAUACCGAUAUUCUUUCUGGUUGCGACAGCCCACAUCCUCAGUCUGGCGUUUCUGCAGUUCAUCGAGAUUCCUCAUACAAAAGCCUUGUAUGGACGCAAUCUCCGUCAAGUUUCUGGUGUCAGCAAGACGGUUCGUCAGGCUCUUCCCAGCCCAGUACUCAAGUGGCAGUCAGCAGCAGACGGUUAUUUCAACUCGACCGUCGAGUUCAUCGAUGAUCUGCUGGACCAUGCAAGACCCAAGUUCGCUGCUGGUGUAGAUACAUUUGUGAAAGACACAACCGCGCUCUUCAAAUCUUAUCCGGCACGCAUAUCAAUCACACGUCUCUCGCCAGAUCUUGCUGGCUUGGAUUCCAGUCAAUUCAAGCUUGAGGUUGAAGGCACACUCUCUCCACCAACGGCAGAACGACAAAAGAAUGGCGGACGCGAGGGUGAAAUGGCAAGAGCACCAGCGACGCGUACAAACGAGUUUAGGACACUCAUCCUUGAGUAUGGUGCUCCUAUCAAGGUUCGCUGGCAAGCACCGCUCAAUCAUAGCAAGAAAGACUGGAUCGGGCUGUACAUGGUUACUGACAAUCAGUCUCGAGAGGUGACCGGCAUCAGCUCGAACGGGCGCUGGGUAGCAACUAACCCGGGUGUAUAUGACUCUACACGUGCUGAGGAUGGUAUCCUUGUGUCAGACAAGCUUCUACCUGCCAGCCCUGGUAUGGAUGAAGAGGCCGACUGCUACACUGGCGAGAUUGAAUUCCACGGCGACAAGCUUUGGUGGACCACUGGUGUGUUUGAGUUCCGAUACCACCAUGGAGGCAAACACAAUGUCAUGGCCCUUUCUCAGGCCUUCGAAAUCCGCAUCCCUAGGUUUGAUGAGGAUGAUGUGGAAGUGGAUUCCAACGGCACGAUUCACCGCGCCGUCGAACAAGCGCUGUUGCCAAUCAUCCAGAACUGUUUUGAUCGCGACCCCGAGAUUGCGCCUUCGACGGCGGAAGAGUCGUUCGGAAGCUUGGUUGAGAGGGACGGCAAGUUUGCCAGGCGAGUCGUGUUUGCGGUACAUCAGAUGUUCGGCAUUGAAUUUGCGCCUGAGGUUGUUCAGGCGGACGGCACGGUGCGUAACCUUGCAUGGCGUAUCUGCAAUGCGAAGAAGGUGUUGGCACCAUACAGCAUGUCUCAGAGCCAUGGAAGAAACACGCCUGUUAUGGGGUGAGCUGGUUGGACAGCCACCCGAUUCUAUCCACUCGACGCGUUUGUCAUACUGUGCUGUACAUUCUAUUUCAAAAGGUCGGGUUGCUGGAGGAUCAGAACGAGGGAAGGACGAGAUCGGAUAACAAAUGGAGCGAGCAGUGUUCCGAUGCAUGCAAGGUUCAUCAAGACAUGUUACGCGUAAGCCUGGUUCUCAACAGACUGGACGAAGAAGAAAAUCCUAACCGUAUCUUCACCAUCCAAGCAACAAUCUGCAUAAGUGGUGGU